AUGAAGUCCCUUCUCGCCAUCGCCGCCCUCGCGGCCUGUGCAUCAGGACAUUCAAUUAUGCAGAAGCUGUCCAUCAACGGCCAGGAUCAAGGCCAACUCAAAGGCGUUCGUGCCCCGAGCAGUGACUACCCGCUUUACAGUCCGAAUGACGCAAAUUUCGCCUGCAACACGGGAAUUGUGUACAAGGACAACAACGUGAUCAGCAUCCCGGCUGGAGCAAAGGUUGGAGCUUGGUGGGGCCAUGUCAUUGGAGGUGCUCAAGGCGCGAAUGACCCGGACAACCCGAUCGCGAAGAGCCACAAGGGGCCCAUCUCCUAUUAUCUCGCCAAGGUCGACAACGCGGCGACUACGGGAACCAGCGGUCUCAAGUGGUUCAAGGUUGCACACGAGGGCCUCUCCGGCGGCAAGUGGGCCGUUGAUAACAUGAUCGCCGGCGGGGGCUGGCACUACUUCACGAUGCCCUCUUGCAUAGCUCCAGGCGACUAUCUCCUCCGCGUCGAACUGAUCGCGCUGCACAGCGCCGGAACCCAGGGAGGAUCCCAAUUUUAUAUGGAGUGUGCACAGAUCCGCGUCACGGGCUCGGGGACGAACACGGGAAGCAACUUUGUUAGCAUGCCUGGUCCAUACUCGCCUACUGACCCCGGUGUCUUGGUUAACAUCUAUGACAACUCUGGUCAGCCUUACAUGGGUGGCAAGACCUACUCCAUCCCCGGCCCGGGGCCGAUUUCGUGCUCUGGCUCUGGCUCUGGCUCUGGCUCUGGCUCUGGUUCGGGGUCAGGAUCAGGAUCGGGUUUGGGUUCAGAUGCAGCGCUGUGGGCUCAAUGUGGUGGUAUAGGCUACACAGGUCCAACAACAUGUGCGCAAGGAUCCUGCAAGGUCACCAACGAGUACUACAGUCAAUGUGUUGCCUAA